AUGAUGAUGGGUUUGGAGGAAGAAGUAGUUGUAUACACAUCUUCUAAAUACAUCCAACCAUCCUUCAUUCACCCAUCUAUCCAUCCAUCCAUAUUCAACAAAUUCACUUCAUUAACUCCAUUCUUCCUCUGCCAUGGAUACGUCUAUCUACCUUCCUGGGCAUUCACCCCUUCAUCCAAGUUCAUGCAUCAGGCCGACCGCUUUCAAGCCUCCAUCCACCCUUCACUCAUCGGUUAUAAUACAUCCAAUAAUUUACGAUCAGCCACUUCCCUUAGAUUAUCUCCAUUUAUUAAUUUUGUCACAAGCAACUACCCAUCCAUCCCUCCAUUGGCCCAUCGUUUUACAAGAGCAAAGCGGAAACAGUUGACGAGUUGGAAAACUUGCAGGUUAACUUUCACCCACCAUCCUUCUGCGAGGCCGCUUAUCAGGGAACUAAUAAACCAAAAAAACAAAAUAAUUGAAACGGUCGUUCAUGGAGGAGGAAAUUUGAGGUCUUCUGUUCGGACACGUAAUCUAUGUAUCUAUUGCUGUUCCACGGAGAGUCCACAACGGCGAAUAAGCGACACAACAACCAAAUUGCGUGGCAAAGUUUGUCAAGAAGCUCCAAUUUUGGCUGCUUGUUGGAAAAAGUGGAAAAGUGGUCGGAAGGUCAAUGACAUGCCAAAGAAUACACCACUCAAGUUUAAAUGGCGCUAUUUCAUGUUGCUUGAACAUCAAGCAGAACUUAUGAAUUAUCCAGAGACAAAGUACAGCCAAGAGGUAGAAGAGGGCAGGGUAGGUGUCAGUGAGGUCUGGAAAAAGCAACGUUUUAUUAUUGAAUGCACACCUUUUCAGAAAACACUUAUUACAGGACAUACCGGAAAUCUGCUUAGCGAUGAUGAAGAGAGGGGGGAGUGCGUAGAAGAGGGAAAAGUGGAGAAUCUUCAACAAGUCUACAAUUUAGGAUGCAAACAAAUUAGUUGCGACCUCAGUAACGUUGAUUGGUUGUACGUUUCUUCAAGCAAAGUGAUUGAUUUAUAG